UGUUGGUGAUUGCUGGGGAAUAAACGGAGUGUGUUGUCCAGCUCCAAAAUAGUGUAUGUUCCCGGGUUUUUGUCCAUAAAAGAGUAACUUUAGAAGCCCCGUACCACUCGCAACGCUACACCAGUAAGAGCAUAGUAUAGUAUAGUAUAGUAUGAGAUGAAACCGUCUUACAAGUUUCAGCGGCGUGAAGGUUCGACAGCUGAACACUGCUGUGUUCCUUUGUGUACCUCGUCAGCUAAAUAUAAUUCGACAGUAAGUUUUCACACAUUUCCCUCGGAUGAUCAACUCAGAAAGAGAUGGGUUGUGAACAUUAGGAGGGAAAACUUCAUCAUCUCUCACCACACACGUGUCUGCAGUCGACACUUUACAGCUCAGGACGUCAAAGAGCCGACUGAGGAAGGACGGAGGAGGAGGCUGAAACCCGGUGCCGUUCCGGUUUUAUUUCAUUGGAACAACUAUUAUCUCGAUGAAAGAAGACUUGGUGUAUGGGAACGUGUAGCUAGAGAGGACAAUAUGGAAACUGGGGAAGCAGUUUGUGCCCACGAUCACGACUACUGUGUCGGUCCGGAGCCUGCCUUUGUGGACAAUGUACUGGAGGAAAACCAGAGACUGCGAGAGGAAGUCGCUCAGCUGAGGCAGCAUCUGGAGCAAAAGUCCCUCUCACGUUUUGGGAUACAGCGAUUUGUUGGUUCCGACGUGGACAUUCGGUUUUUCACCAGGUUUGCAUCUUAUGACCACCUGAUGCGGUUUUGGCAGGUCAUUCAGCCAUCACUGAAGUACAUGAUCCAAGUGACCAGGUCAACCACUGAUGACGCUGCAGGACAGAGUACUCCUAUGGGACAGGCUCUACAACCAAUAGAUGAAAUGUUCCUGUUCCUGAAUUACCUUGCCCUUGGACUGAAGCAGACAGACCUGGCUGACCGCUAUCAAAUCCACCAGUCUACUGUGAGCAGAAUAAUUCUCGUGUGGAGUAAUUUUUUGCUUUCUGUCCUGGGUGCACAGAGAAUCUGGAUGACACCAGAGAAGAUAAGAGAGUACCUACCUUUAGAGUUCAGAGACUAUGCUGACACCACUGUGAUCCUGGACUGCACAGAGCUGAGGUGCCAAACCCCCUCUUCUCCCUUACUACAGAGUGAGGUCUACUCAAACAAGUCCCACUGUACCCUGAAAGGAAUGAUUGGCAUAGCACCCCAUGGUCCAGUGACCUUUGUUUCCCCCCUCUAUGCUGGUUCAAUCAGUGACAAGCAGCUGUUUGUGGAAUCGGGACUUUCCAGGCUUCUCCGUCCAGACUCUGCGAUCAUGGUCGACAGAAGCUUCCUGAUUGACAACUGUGUUCCCUGCAAGGUGUAUAGACCUGCAUUUCUGUCGGGAAGACCUCAGAUGCCUGAAAACGAGGUUAAGGAAACACAGACAAUCGCACACCUCAGGGUGCAUGUGAAGCGUGUAAUUAAAAGAUUGAAAGAACACAAGUUAUUCGAAACAGUCAUCCCUUUGAAUAUGUUUAGUAAUAUCAAUCAACUGUACAUUGUUGCAUGUCUCCUCUUGAAUUAUGAAAAUCACCCCCAGGUUAAAGCUUGGGCAAAGUAGAACGAUCAACUCUGACAAGUAAUUACUGUAGUAUAAUUACAGUCAUUGGUGUGAUAUUGUUAUUGCUUUUCUAAACAAUGUUGAUGCAGUAAAAUAAAGGUUGUGUCACAGCCUUCGUCUGGGACACAAAAACAGUGGAAUUUUAAUAGAUUUGUGGGGUUUUUUUAAGCAGUGUAAGAGUCAUAAAAUUUUCAUACCAAAGCAUGAGCAGAUAAAUGUAAAAUUGAUCAGGCUUUUCUUUGAUUUCUCUUAAAACGCCAUCAUCCCUAUAAAUUAUGUAAAUGAACAGGUCAUCCUCAGCCUAGACUACCAAGUCGCACCAUUCAGAUCUGCCUAAUAAAAGCUGC